AUGGUUUCGCCCGAGACGCGAGACGCAUGGACUGCAGAUGCUUCCAUUGGGGAUUGGUGGCGACGCCAAGUGGAGGCCGCCUCCGCGCGCCCGUUUCUCCCUGUACACGAUACCAUCGCUGCCAUCGCGUUCGUCGCACAAGCACGUGGGGACGACCUUAGCCAAUCGGCCCCUUUCCAGCGACUAACCGCGUGGGCGGCACCUCGCUCCGCCGGCGCCGAAUCCCUCAGUACUUUGCUGCACGCCGUCGCUGUGCCGGAGGAGGGCCACUACUUUCCGGCUGCGAUACAGGAGGGGCUGCUCACCCUUCUCCUAGGCCACAACGGCGCCUCCACCUUGGAGCGCGAUAUUGCCGCACUUCGCCAGCCCGACUUGUUGCCCCUGCAGCUGCGGCCGCCGCCAUCUCCGGCUGCGCCACACGCCGGCUGUGAGGCGCCCGCCCCACAGGCCGUCGAGAGCGCGACGGACACCGCACAAGCCGACCACGCUGGCGGAGAGCCCUCCCACACUGCCGACGACGUUGAUGCCGUAGCCUCACAGGGAGGGGCAGGCCAUUCAGCCUUUGCUGGCAUCUCGGCUGCUGCGUGGUCCAGCCUCGAUGCUGUCGACCUCGCUGCCGAGUUCGGCACGCCCGUGCCUACCAUGCAAAGUGUGCCGGCCUUCUUGCGGGCUGGCGUGCGACAAGCGCUCGUCCUCGCACUCCGCGCCCUCCGUGAAGCAUACACGCGCGGCACGGCCCUUCAGCAGACCCGAGCAUGGAAGCUCUUCUUACUUGCACCGCGCCUGCUGCUCCACCGCGCUCGCGGAUCGGGCACAGUCGGCCGCGAGGCGCUCCUGCAGCGAACGCGCGACUUCCUUGCUGGCCGCUGGGAGGCUCUGCUCGGGGCUACGCGCGCCGCCGCGGCCGCACCGCGCGCUCGCAUCGCAGCCGACGCCACGGCUGCCGACAAUGAAGCAAGUCGCGAGCGGCGUCGGGCACUCGCGUGCGCCAACGUGCCGCGGGGAGAAGUCUCGCGUGCGCGUGUUGCCCUGACUUCAGCAGCUAUCGCACCUGGGGCAGAAGACGCAUUCGCCGCAUUGUCCGAUCCUGAGCGGCGCCCGCCAGAGCCCUUGCACGACGUGCCUGCCGCCCUGCUCAACUUACAACCGGAUGCACCAGCCGUGCUCACCGACGCCGCCGUCGCUCAAGCUGCGGGUCGAACCGGAGGGAACCGGAGGAUCAUGCUUUUCCUCCGCCUGCUCCCCAUCCAAUCGGCGUCGCCUUCGGUGGGGAGUACAUCCCCGCGCCUGGCCGAUCCAAAGACGCUGGCCAAUCUGAAGACCGCAGGCAAGCGCAGUAUUGACAGCGAUGAAGCACUUCCCGCCGAAGAAUGGCAAUGGGAGCGCACCGGUGAGAGUGCGUGGCUGCAGCAGCGAAACGAUGAUGUCUUAGAAGUCAGCUCUGAUGAAGAUGAAGACGGUCACGUAAAGCCUUUGCUGGGCGAUGGUAAUUGGGGCCGCGGGCCUCCUCUAACAGAACUGCUCAAGAUCCUGACCAGACACAUGGACUUGAAGAGCCUGGCAUCAAAACUGGUGCAGGGCAAGAUCACGGCGAAUCCCUUCAGCUCGAGUCUCGUUGCAGAAGGACGGGAUCUUCUCUUCACUGCCUUGGAGUACACUGGUGCCAAGCUUCCGGUCAGAGAAAAGUCAGAAGGUCAACCCUUCUACCUGGCAGCUGUUGAGGAGCUUCUCCGUAUCUCGGGUGACCCCGACAGCAGGGUCUUUUUUUCUUCCAGUGUCUCGUUUGCAAAAGGCGUGCGUCUGGGCCCUGGUGCCACCUUGCCCCGUGUACCUGCAGUCUUCGAGAAGAAGGAGAAGUGGCGCAAAUACGAUGUCGAGAGUUGCACGAGGUUCACAAGCAGUAUGAUCGAGGUCACACUGCAAGAGGCUCAGAAGAAGUUCGGAGAUAGGCUGGCUGUUGCAUCGCUAGAUCAGCUACGGUCGCCGUGUGCCGGCGAAUUGCGCACAGUGUUGCAAGAGCUGUCUGGGCAGUGCAUUGGAUUGACUGGGGAUGUGAAACGUGCGCAUAGGCUGUCUAAGAUUGCGCCCGAGGAUUGGGGCUUACAAGCGUGCAAGACUGGAGUCGGUGGUCAAGACAAGCUAUGGCUAAACAAGGUUGGAACAUUCGGGAUAUCCAGUGCCGCGUAUCAUUGGUCCCGACUCAUGUCUGGUCUUGGGCGUGCAGCUUUCUACAUGCUGGGGAAAACAGACAUCUUCAUGCUUGUCUACGUAGACGACAUUCUGUGGCUGGUGCGCGUCGGUGAGAACGGCAUGGAGAAGGUGUGCUUAGUUAUCUAUUUCUUUGUGCUAAUGGCCCUUUUUAGGGCCAGUGUAUGCCUGGGUAGCUGUCCUGGACCAUCGACGCAGCUACAAAGUGCCGCGUGCAAUCUCGCUGAUCUUCAAGUUCUUGGCAAGAGCGCUAGGUGGAGAAGGCAGAACACAGAGAAGGAGCUCUUCCGGACGGAUGCAAAAGCUGAAGGAAACGAAGUCUGGAUCGCGGGCUGGGCGCUGGAUUCUGAGGACACCAAGCAGUGCCGGUGGUUCUCCGAGCGCCUAGACCACAUCUCCGCGCCGUGGGUCUUCCUGGCAGGUGAAGCUUAUAGGCAGAUUGCGUCCUUGGAGCUGCUGGCCACCUUGGCUGCUGUGGUGUCAUUUGGAGUGCCGACUGGUGAGAACUGUGGUUUCCUAUGCUCGGCAGCCACCGACAAUCGAGGAAACAGUAACCUUGUCGCACGCCUCCUCACCACCAAGUUCCCUUUGUGCGUUCUGUUGAUGGAGCUGGCAGUGCAACUGCAAGACAGGGGAGCAGAUCUGAAACUUCAUUGGCUGCCCCGUCUGCAAAACGAGGAAGCCGAUUCCCUCACCAACGGCGAGUACAGCAGAUUUGACAGCAGACGGCGGGUGAGAUUCGAUUUGAGAUCCUUCAAAGGGCUAGUAAUGCAAGAUCUUUUGUGUGCGGGAAUGGACCUCUACGAGGAGGUACGCAAUUCGCGAGCGCACAAGUCAGCGGUGAUCAGGUCCAAGCAACCCAGGCAGGCCGCCUUGCGCGUCACUGACCCCUGGCAAUGA